AAGCAUAAGAACGAAUAGAAAAAGCGAGAGGAAAAUCUCAAACAGUGCAGCGAUGGCCGCUCGCUUUGCCUCCUCCAAAUCCUUCUGCUCCUCAUUUCUCUUCUCUUCUAAAGUUUCUUGGUUAUUUGAUGAGGUGAAGGUGAGGGACUUUAUUCAUGCGGCUUUGUAUGACCCUGAACGUGGGUACUUUUCCCAAAGAUCGGGUUCCGUUGGAGUGCUUGAUAGAAGUAUCAAGUUCAAUCAGCUGGAAGGCCGAAAAGCUUAUAUGAAGUACCUAAAUGCAGUAUACAAGCAGAGUGAUAUAUCAUGGUUUACUCCAGUUGAGCUCUUUAAGCCUUGGUAUGCCCAUGGGAUAGCUGAAGCAAUUAUGCGAACUGCUAACCUCUCUGUUCCCCUGAAAAUAUAUGAAAUUGGGGGUGGAUCAGGAACUUGUGCAAAGGGUGUAAUGGAUUACAUAAAGUUGAAUGCACCUACCAGAGUUUAUGAAAGUAUGACUUACACUUCAGUAGAAAUCAGUUCGUCACUUGCCCAGAAACAACUUGAAACUGUUGGAGAAGUAGGUAGCCACUUGGCAAAGUUUACGGUAGAAUGUCGUGAUGCUGCUGAUCCAAAUGGAUGGUGUAUGAUGGCUUUACCCUUCAGGCCUUUUGUUAUACUUACUUUUGCAGACUUACCUUGUCAUGAGGAACAGCCAUGUUGGGUUAUAAUGUUGGAGGUUCUUGAUAAUCUUCCCCAUGAUCUUAUUUUCUCUAAGAAUCAAGUCGCGCCUUGGAUGGAAGUAUGGGUUGAAAAGAGACAUGAGGGGCCAGAUCUGUGUGAGCUGUAUAAGCCUAUAGAAGAUCCAUUAAUAGAAAGUUGCAUGGAGAUCCUGGAUUUAGCAAAAGAUGGCACUACUCAUGGAACCAUGGCAGCUUCAUUUGCUAGAAGUAUUUGGGCUAAAUUAGUUCCCAAGCCUCGAAGGUGCUGGCUACCAACCGGUUGCUUUAAACUUCUUCAAGUUUUGCAUGGUGCUUUACCAAAGAUGUCGUUAAUCGCAUCGGAUUUCAGUUACCUUCCUGAUGUACGAAUACCAGGUGAACGUGCUCCUCUGGUGGCGGCCAAGAAAGAUGGGAAUAGCUCGGAUUACAACAAUUAUCUGGAUGCGAAGGCAUUUUCUAUGAGUUCUCAACUGUUAACUGAUUACUCUUGGAGGCCAAGAGCUUAUGGUAGCUAUUGCAAUUGGAUAUGACAUUGAAUAAAAUG